AUUAAUACUGAUGUGGAAAAGCAUUGUUCCCUUUCGAUACUACACUCAUAUGCCGUUAGGCAAGAGUCAGGGAGGGUACUCACAUGGUCCUCCUAGUGGCCCCUCUGUGGAAGAACCAGCCAUGGGUCUCAGACCUGUCUCAGCUGUCGUCAGUAGAGCUGAGGCCGAUUCCCUUGAGACAGGACCUCCUCUCUCAAGCGAAUGGAACAAUAUGGCAUCCCAGACCCGAGCUGUGGGCUCUACAUGUGUGGCCUCUCGAUGGGAGCCUGCAAGCCUCCCCGAGAGCAUCCUGAAUACCAUCUCACAGGCUAGAGCUCCGUCUCUACGCCCUUAAGUGGUCAGUCUUCACUGCCUGCCAUGUUAAUUUCAAACCCUGGUUACAAAAACACUCCUCUGAGUACAUAUAGAUCCAUAUACAGAGAGUAAAAGUAACACUGAAGCAGUGUUGAAGUUAUUUAAUAAAGUAGGUUUACUCAAGUGAUGAUUGACCAUUAGUGAUGACAACUGCUGUUUACAAGCAGAAUCAAUGAAGAGACAACAAGAACUGAGAAAAACAGAACAGACAAGCAGACAGCAUAAUUGCAGUUGACUAAUCUAAAUUCAAAAUAUUAACAAAAACUAUAAUAGUUUAUCAAUGUUACUAAACCCUGCUGCUGCUGCUGCUUUUACAAUGGUAUACUGGUAAUGUUUUCUGUUUGAGGACACUUUAAAUCUGAGAAUGCGCAUUAAAUAACAGGUGAGUCACAGCUUACAGACACACCUUUUUGCACACCGCACACAAGCAAAUAACCAGGAAAACCGUUUCAGUUCUUUAGUUCCGAGAUACCAAAACUUGUGGAGCUGUUGUUUGUGCUUCUGUUUCUGUGUUCACAUGCAAUAAAAUGGCAGAGGCCAGUGUUUUAUGGGCUCGGGAACAGUUCAUCUGUCAAGUGUGUCUAGAUCUCCUGAAGGAUCCAGUGACCAUUCCCUGUGGACACAAUUACUGUAUAACAUGUAUUACGGACUGCUGGAAUCAUCAGGAUCAGAAGACAGUCCACAUCUGCCCACAGUGCAGACAGACCUUCGCUCCAAGACCUGCUUUAAAUAAAAACACCAUGCUGGCUGAAGUGGUGGAGAAACUGAAGAAGACUAAACUACAAGCUGCAGUUUCUGUUGACACUGGACUUGGAGAUGUAAUGUGUGAUGUCUGUACUGGAAGAAAACACAAAGCCAUCAAGUCCUGUCUGAUGUGUCUGAACUCUUACUGUCAAAACCACCUUGAACAGCAUGAGAAUUUGUUUAAAGGUAAGAGACAUUAUUUGAUGGAUGCCACUGGACGACUCCAGGAGAUGAUCUGCUCUCAACAUGGUAGACUGCUAGAGGUUUUCUGUCGCACUGACCAGCACUGUAUUUGUACACUGUGUACGAUGGAUAAACACAAAAAUCAUGACACUGUACCAACAGAAGCAGAGAGAACAGAGAAAGCGGUAAGAACAGAAAUUGGUGCAUUAAUACUGAUGGGGAAAAGCAAUGUUUGCAUCUGCAUGACUUACUUCUGAUAUAAUUAAUGGGACUAUCUGUCUGUUGUUUGAUCUAUCUGUCUUGUCUAACUGUUGGGCUACAAAGAAGUCACAUACUGUGACCUUUUGUCCUGCUGCUGCCAUACACUACAUGACUUUUGUUCUUUUCACGGUACACAACUGCCUGUCGUCUCCGAUGUCACUUCCAGUGAAAACACAUUUCACAUUACAGUACUUGAAUCACAGACAGGCCUAGAUGUUUAACAUACUAAAUAUCUCUUGGAGUACAGAGAUGUACAGUAUCUGUGCUUUUCUCAAAUCGAGUUUUUGAUCAUUCAAACAUAGUGAAUGCGGAAAAUUCAGGGCUAAAAUAGUGUAGUGUUCGGGUGGCACAGUGAAAACUCACAGUCUAGCUGUUGUGCCCUAGUUGUCCACAGAGGGAAGUCCUUCCCCUUGCACAGCGACACUGCUAUGAACUCUAUUUCCCAGUGUCUCUGUAUCUAGUUGUAUUUUCCUGUCUGUCCACUAGAGAGUGCUCUUCCCUUCCACUGUGUCUCUGCCAUGAGCUCUAUUACCAGAGUCCCUUUGCACCGUUCUCAUCUGGGCUGAUUGCCCUCAGCUGGUGCUCAUUUGUAUCGUUUGUCUGUCUAUUUAAGUUGUGUUUGUUUCUGCAUUUGUCCCAAGCCAAAGAAUCUGUUUCAGAGCCCGCUACAGCCCAAGACUCCACUCCAGAGCCUGCUCCUGCCCAAGAGUCUGUUUCAGAGCUCACUCUAGCCCUAGAGUCUGUUUUUGAGCCCGCUCCAGUUCAAUAUUACGUUUUAGAGCCCACUCCAGUCCAAGAAUCCACUUUAGAGCUUGCUCAAGCCCAAGACUCUACUCCAGAGCCUGUUCUAGUCCAAAGGUUUGUUUCAUAGUCUGCUCUAGCUCAAGAGUCUAUUUCAGAGCCUGCUCCAGUUCAAGAUUUGGUUAGAGAGCCUCCUUCAGUCCAAAAAUUCACUCCAGAGCUCGCGCCAACCCAAGAGUCUGUUUCUAAGCCUGCUCCAGUUCAAGAUUUUGUUUUUGAGCCCACUUUUGUUUUUGAGUUUACUCUAGAACCUGCGCCAGCCAAUGAGCUUGUUUUUGAGUUUACUCCAGUCCAAGUGUCAACUCUACAGUCAGGGCUCAACGCUAAGGAUUUUUUCUACAGGCCCAGUUGGGCAAGUGGUUCAAAUUUUUACUUGCCCCGCCAAAAUUUUCACUUGCCCCACGACAAAAAAUUAAUAAAGUAAAAGAAAAGAAAUGGGCUUAUAAAAAAAGCCUAGUUAUUGUUUUUGUUGUUUUUGUAACCUUAAUAAAUAGGGUUAUGACACCAAAAGCUACUCACUUAAAUUUUAAAUAUUGUUAGACAAAUCAACAGUAAGUAAUACAAUAGUAACAAAUAAUCAAAUUAUGAGUAAUAGCAAAAAUAAAUACAACAGAACAAACAUAUAAAUGAAAUAAACGGUCCUUUUCAAGUUUUUCCAUGUAGGUUUAAACAGGAGAUUUUCAGGUACAGAAAUUGUAAUCUAAUGUAUAGCUAAUAGAUUAAAUAUUAGAUAAAUAUUUAUUAAAGUUUAUCAGUCAAGAGCAGUUACAGAUGCAUAAAUAAUGUUUUGAAAUGUUGAAAAUAUAAAACGUUAAAUACUGUUAUUUGAAAUUAUUUUAAAAAUGAAAAGACACUUUAAACGUGAAAUUAAACCCGCCAGUAGGUGGCAGCAAGUCCCUGUUAAUGAGCGAGUCAUUGAGAUUCAACCGAUUCAUUCAAAUGGCUGAUUCAUUCAGGAAGUGUUGCUCAGAGACGCAAAACAAUUCUGUGUGAACUUUGGAACUAUUUCCGUAGGCGAAAUAGAGCAAAACAGGCGAUUUGGUGUCUAAAAUGUAAGUCACUUGAUAUUAAGUUCUUGUUCUUUAAACUGUAAGUUGUAUAAAAUCAAUAUCACAUUUGUAAUCAUGCUGAUAUUUGGAGAAAAAUGGCGCUCUUUGUUUAAUAUUGGUUAAUUAUAUUAAAUUAUAUAAAUAUAAAAGACAUACAGGGUCAUUUUUUCCCCUUAUUUUGAAUUCUGUGGGCAUUCUAAAUGCAUUUUAAUAGACUAAAUCACGCAGUGAAAGCGUACACUCUAAAUAUGAAAAAUAUGUGGAUAAUUUUUUAUAGCAUGUUAAAAUUGCCACUUUUAGUGGUUGAGCAAAAACGCGCCGUUUCAGUGUGGGCCCUUUAAAUGCAAAUGAGCUGCUGCGCUGGCCUAAGUGGGCGGAGCUUCAAGAGCUCGAUCUCCCCUGUCAAGAUUCAGUCACGACGCACUACAGGUGCUGGUCAUAUAAUUAGAAUAUCAUCAAAAAGUUGAUUUAUUUCACUAAUUCCAUUCAAAAAGUGAAACUUGUAUAUUAUAUUCAUUCAUUACACACAGACUGAUAUAUUUCAAAUGUUUAUUUCUUUUAAUUUUGAUAAUUAUAACUGACAACUAAGGAAAAUCCCAAAUUCAGUAUCUCAGAAAAUUAGAAUAUUACUUAAGACCAAUACAAAGAAAGGAUUUUUAGAAAUCUUGGCCAACUGAAAAGUAUGAACAUGAAAAGUAUGAGCAUGUACAGCACUCAAUACUUAGUUGGGGCUCCUUUUGCCUGAAUUACUGCAGCAAUGCGGGCGUGGCAUGGAGUCUAUCAGUCUGUGGCACUGCUCAGGUGUUAUAAGAGCCCAGGUUGCUCUGAUAGUGGCCUUCAGCUCUUCUGCAUUGUUGGGUCUGGCAUAUCGCAUCUUCCUCUUCACAAUACCCUAUAGAUUUUCUAUGGGGUUAAGGUCAGGCGAGUUUGCUGGCCAAUUAAGAACAGGGAUACCAUGGUCCUUAAACCAGGUACUGGUAGCUUUGGCACUGUGUGCAGGUGCCGAGUCCUGUUAGAAAAUGAAAUCUGCAUCUCCAUAAAGUUGGUCAGCAGCAGGAAGCAUGAAGUGCUCUAAAACUUCCUGGUAUACGGCUGCAUUGACCUUGGACCUCAGAAAACACAGUGGACCAACACCAGCAGAUGACAUGGCACCCCAAACCAUCACUGACUGUGGAAACUUUACACUGGACCUCAAGCAACGUGGAUUGUGUGCCUCUCCUCUCUUCCUCCAGACUCUGGGACCCUGAUUUCCAAAGGAAAUGCAAAAUUUACUUUCAUCAGAGAACAUAACUUUGGACCACUCAGCAGCAGUCGUCCUUUUUGUCUUUAGCCCAGGUGAGAUGCUUCUGACGCUGUCUGUUGUUCAAGAGUGGCUUGACACAAGGAAUGCGACAGCUGAAACCCAUGUCUUGCAUACGUCUGUGCGUCGUGGUUCUUGAAGGACUGACUCCAGCUGCAGUCCACUCUUUGUGAAUCUCCCCCACAUUUUUGAAUGGGUUUUGUUUCACAAUCCUCUCCAGGGUGCGGUUAUCCCUAUUGCUUGUACACUUUUUUCUACCACAUCUUUUCCUUGCCUUCGCCACUCUAUUAAUGUGCUUGGACACAGAGCUCUGUGAACAGCCAGCCUCUUUUGCAAUGACCUUUUGUGUCUUGCCCUCCUUGUGCAAGGUAUUAAUGGUCGUCUUUUGGACAACUGUCAAGUCAGCAGUCUUCCCCAUGAUUGUGUAGCCUACAGAACUAGACAGAGACCAUUUAAAGGCCUUUGCAGGUGUUUUGAGUUAAUUAGCUGAUUAGAGUGUGGCACCAGGUGUCUUCAAUAUUAUUGAACCUUUUCACAAUAUUCUAAUUUUCUAAGAUACUGAAUUUGGGAUUUUCCUUAGUUGUC